GCAGUCGCACUAGGAAAACAGCUGUGGCAAGCUAACGCUAGCUAGCAUCGUUUGUUUUUGUCGUGUGGCAACGAUUUUGGUCCGUUCCCUGAGCAGACACAAUCAUACACUUCGGAGUGACCGACUAGCUGUCUGUCAUUUCUUCGACGAUGAAGUUUCAGUACAAGGAGGAGCACCCCUUUGAGAAGAGACGGUCCGAAGGCGAGAAAAUAAGGAAGAAGUAUCCGGAUAGGGUACCAGUAAUUGUGGAGAAAGCCCCUAAAGCCAGAAUAGGAGAUCUGGACAAGAAAAAAUACCUUGUCCCAUCCGACCUGACAGUGGGCCAGUUUUACUUCCUCAUCCGAAAAAGAAUCCACUUGCGAGCUGAGGAUGCUCUCUUCUUCUUUGUAAACAACGUCAUUCCACCCACCUCAGCCACCAUGGGCCUGUUGUACCAGGAGCAUCAUGAAGAGGACUUUUUCCUCUACAUUGCCUACAGUGAUGAGAGCGUGUAUGGGGAUAGCCAAAGGGAAAUCUGAUCCCACUACCAUCUCCCCCACUCCCCCACCCCCCACCUAUACAACUCUCCAAGACCUCCACUAUUCAUUAAAAUAUUAAAUCCAGCUCAGCAGCCUAGAGUUCCCAGAGUAAAUAUGUCAAAUGCACUUUCAUCACCCCCCCUCCCAUCCAUUAUGUUUUUAUUAUUCCUCUGCAGUCUGAAUUGUAUUUUCCUCCAGUUUAUUUCUCUUUUCAAUAGUGACUUAUGUUAUUAAGCGGUCUUAUGGCCAGUUUUUUUUUUUUUUUUCUUUUCCCUAAGUGUACUGAUCACGCUUUACUUACAAAACUGAGAACGAAUAGGUGCCACUUUGAAAUUGGUGUUAAAACUAUGCCGUGAUUAUAGUUAUUUCAGAGGUAAGGGAAGAAAGGCGUAGUAUGUGAAUAAGUUAAAAUCAGCUAUUAUAGUCAUUGGUGCUCCAGUCUUGAUAAGUUGUCUGAGGAUGUAAUGAAUUUGAGCAGGGUGGGAAAUUUGCAUGGCAGGUUUAUCUGGCAGGUAAAUGUGUCUGUUCUAUCAGGUAUUUUGACAGCUAACCAAUAGUUAUACUGCAUUUAAAAUAAGAUAAGAUAUUCCUUUAUUAGUCCCACAGUGGGGAAAUUUCUUUUCCCUAAAACUAAAGUGGCCAGUUCAUUUUUUUUUUUUUUAAAUGAGGAUCUUAGUUUCUUAUCCUGCGUCUGACCUUUGCAAGGAGUACAAUAGAAUUCAGACUAAACAAUCAUCCUCCCUCUGUCUCUGCUUUCAGUGGUAAGGUCAUUACUUUGAUUGCUAUUAUAAUUAUCGUUGUUAUUAUUGUUCUUAAUUUUAGAUGGCUUAAUUUCUAAAGGUAUUGUAAAGCUGAGUGCAAUUUUUUUUUCUUUUUUAAGUUUUGUUUCCUUUUUUUAAAAAACAACAAAAAAAAUAUUGAACUCUGUAUACAGCUGCAUUACUGGCUCUUUCUGUCCACUCAUGACCAUACAUGAUAAAAUGUGAUAAAAACCUAA